GGGGGGCACGGCGGGGGGCACGGCCGCUCCGUCCGGACCCCCGGACCCCCGUCCUCUGACACGCCGAGCUGCCAGAAAACUGACCUGGGAAGGAUCAUCGAUGACAGUGAGGCAGUGACCGAAGGAUAGACUCCCCACGGCCCAGUGGACGUUUGAAUCUUUCUUUUUCCCAGCCCCACUCAGCCACCCUCUCAGCACCUCCAAAGCAGUUCCAUGCUCUUCCGGGAGCCCCCAAAAUGCAGGAAUAUUGGGUGGAAAACUUCGGCCGAUUGAACAUUUCCGACUGGCUGUCCCUAGACGACCUCACCUAUCAAAUAGGGAAGGUGACCCUCUGUGAAACCGACAAGGGCCACGGCGAACUGAACGCUGGAAAAACCCCAGAAAAGGUGUCCGCGGAAGACAUUCAGCCCGGCCCAAUGGAGGGGGAUGGCGAAGCCAGGGCGUCUGUGGUCCCCGUGGGGUUUCCUGACAAAAACUGCCCUGGUACCAUGGAGCCCAACUCCUGGGGGGACUUCGAAGGGUUCAGUGAGGCCUCGGACGAGGCGGAAAGUUUCGCCUUAGAGGCCGGGGCGCGGUCUGAUCGUUGGCCUCCGGAAGAGAGACCCCCCUCGAUGGAAGAACAUUUGGGGGUUGCUCUGGGCUCCCGUCUCUCUAACAGGAAUAUCCGGAGUAUGAUGGGAGCUGCCUCCAUUUCCUCCCUGGAGACCCAACUCAGCUGUGAGACCAUUUUUAAGUUUGCCUUUCGGGACAUCCUGGCACAACAGCUCACUGAGGACAUCUGCACCUUAGAUCAGUUUCUAGAAGCAAGGAGUGAAGAAAACGCAGCUUCUGAACCCGUGAAGAGACCGUUCUGCUCAAACUCCCGAAAACUUUGGAGAACUCUUCGGGACGCCAAUAGCGCACCCACUUCAAGAUACCUCUGGACUAAAUCCCACUGUCUGGACAACUUCUUACUUGUUCUUGGAAUUGACUCGACACAAAAAGACCCUUCAGGAAACCAUCACCUCACUUCGGAAGGUGCAAACCGGAAGGAAAUCGAGGAACUGAUGGACGUUAAUGGCUUCAAUAUUCAUAACUGUAAGGCUCUCAUUCAAACCAAGCUUUCUGUAUCCCCAAGUCCCAGGCGUGGCAAUCUCUUCGUUCACAACCUCUUUCUGAAGAAGACUCCUUCUCAUGGAACUCUGCAAUACAUAACAAUCCCAAGAAAGAGGAGACUUUUCACUACCCGCAGUCUCAAAAUGAAGAUUUUUAAGAGUGACGUUUGCUAAAGCAAGAGUGCUUUUUCUUAUUGAACCUUGAUAAUUUUGCUACUGGUUUGGUAUUGAACACUAGCGAAGCCGUUCGGGGAUGCGAAUCCGAAGGGGAAGGUGUAAAUAGUUUCCGAUUUAAAAGCCAAUGACUUUUCUCACUGGGGCCAGGGCUGAGUAAGGACAGCACAAAACCCUGGCUCUCUGUCUGUUUCUCGGCAAGUCUCGAGUCCCGGGUUUUCGUCUGCUAUUUUCGGCCCAAAGGCUGGCAGCUGCAACUAUAUGAGGAAUGUAGAUGGCCUCGCCUUCUCCUUUCUGGUGGCCCCACCCUGGUCGCCCAACGCCAGGCCGUCUGUUUGGCCCGGUGGUCUGGUUGCUGGGCCCUCUGGCCAUCUGUUGCACCAUUAAAGAGGCUAUCGAGCCCCCCACCAGCCCACGGGGAGACCCCAGACUUGAUCCAGACCCGCCCCGGAGCUCCUAGACCUGGUUGAAAACCAGGAGUUAUCCACACUUCUCCAAUCUCCUGUUGAUUGUUAAUGAGACUAAAGCUCAGUGACAGGGUUUCGGCCCCCGGCCCUGAAAGAGUCCCUGGUAACAUGGAUGUUCCGAGCAUCAGUUUCCUGUCGUAGGAUGAGGGUCUCACCUCUCUGCCCCCUCCCCACCCUUAGAAAACUCGGGGUCCAGUGUAAGCAUUGUGGCACUGAUUUUUUAAAGCACCAAAAGAAAACUUUUUGCACCCGUUUAGAACGUAUUUCAAAACUCCUGGGAUACAGCUAGAUGGAGGGAUGUUUUCAAGUGAAUAUCCUCCAACGUUUUAAUCGUAAUUUAACUUUUAUUCUCCCCCACCCCCACUGAUAUUUUUAAGUAGAUUUUUGGAGCUAUCUGUGUUAUUUUAUCUAAUAUUAAAAUCACUUCUGUGAGUUGCGCAUUGCCGACCUCGGAGUAAUGUCACCGUUUUAUUAAUCUGUAAGUAGCUUUUCUUUUAGAGCGGUUCUGAUUACCCAGUUAGUUGCCGAAGUUUGGUCCGUGGUAAAUCAUCCGUCCGAGGGCUCUGUGAGUGACAGCUCCCUGUUCGUUUCAGCCACAGAAAUUCACAUUGGAAAAGGCCAAGAGCCUGAAAUCUGCACUGACUUUUUGGUAACCUUUAACUUAAUAAAAUAUUCUC